AUGGUCGAGAGCAAAGCCGCCGCAGAGGCGCUCAUUCCCAAAUUCAAGCUCGUCAGGGCACUCAACCAAGACCAGGCUGGAAGAAGAAUCUCUCUCCUUGGCGAAAUCGACUCGCAGCCCGCCCUCCUCAUCCUCGAGAGGGCACCGUGGCCAACGGACGAAGAGUAUCUCGGCUCCGUUCCCGGAACGCUAGCUCGCCUGGCUAACCUAGGAGCUAAUGACAUUUACCACUGGUACAUGGCCGCCAACGGCGCCGGCCUCACAGCAAAGCCGCAAGACUCGGGGAGCUUCUUUGCCGACAUGAAGCUUAACCUCAUCUACCCCUGCACGGAGGCGCACAUCAAAAAGUACAGCAAACAAGGCGUGCGCUUCGUCACCGAAACGCCCGAGAUCUACAGGGACCACGUGAGACCAUACAUGCAGAGCAAGCGCGAACAGGGUCGACUAAACUGGGCUUACAACAUUAUCGAGGGACGCAAAGAGGUCGAGGACGUUAUAUACAGGACGGAAUUAGGCAAAGCCGGCGACGAGGGUUUCCUACUCUUGCCGGACCUGAACUGGGACCGCAAGACGCUCGAGGCACUGCACUUGCUGGCGCUGGUGGAGCGUCGCGACAUCUGGAGCCUGAGGGACCUAAGGAAGAAGCACAUCCCCUGGCUGGAGCACAUGAAGGAGAAAGUGGUGGCGGCGACGGUGAAAACGUAUCCUUCCAUCGACGCGGAUCAGCUGAAGCUAUACGUCCACUAUCAGCCGACCUAUUACCAUUUCCAUAUCCACAUCGUACACGUGGCGCUCGAGGCUGGAGCCACACAGGCGACGGGGAAGGCGGUGGGGCUGGAGAGCAUCAUCGAGACGCUCAAGGUCAUGGGUGCGGACGACGAGGAGGCUGGGAUGGACUCUGUCGCUAUGAGUUAUACGGUGGGAGAGGCGAGCGAGCUGUGGGAGCAGGUGUUUGGGCCGCUCAAGCAGAAGAAGACGAAGACUGGUAUAGAUCCUCGAUAG